AUGUCGGAAUAUACUCACGUCGAUACCCGACCUAUGGUCUGGGUCUCGCGCAAGAUCAUGACCAUCUUUUCAAUUCUCAUCUUUUUCGACAUUGGCAUGACGGGGGCAAAGAUCGAUUUUCCCCCUCCAGGUGUACAGAUUCAAGCUCUUGAGAUUGGCCUGGCGGCAUUUGGCCUGUUCUUCCACAUCUUGUUCGCCCUCAUCUUCCUAGACCGGGUAAAGAAGGCAAAGCAGACAAUGAACUAUGCAAGCGGCAUCCGACUAACAAAAUUUGUGUUCUACGUCGUUCUACCAUUUCUGGUAAUCGAGGUGGUUGGAUGGGCAGUCUGUCUCGGGUUCCAGAGCUUAUACGCCCCCGUUAUUAAACCUCGGAAGCUUCUUGCAUGCCAUUACCUUGGGCCAGAUUUCGUUCAGUGCGGAAUGGUUUCCUCAUCUUGGGUUGGGGCCAUUGUCUUCGUCCAUUUCGUAGUGCUCAUGCUGGUCCUUCGAGCUUACUACCGUAUGGAUCCAGUGGCUGAGCCCUCGCCCCAGUACGCAGGCGUGCCAUCGGUAGACGAUACACACUCGUCUUUGCCGCAAGAUCAAGAUGCCCCUCCAUCUUAUGAAGAGAGGGAGUCGGGCCAUCUCAUCGGCAAGUCGACCAAGACGCAGCCCCAGGCCGUGGAAAUGUCACGGAUGACGACGUUACCGGAAUAA